CCAUGUGAGCUGCUCUCUCUAGUCAUUGCCAUUUCCACACACUUCACCACUAUUGUACAAAGAUUUGCCCAUACCCUCCAAUCAUAUCUCUCUCUCUCUCGACUCUUUGUUUUAAGCUUUAACAAAUUCAAUCUGUCUUCAGUUUUCAGCUUCCACAAAAUGAUUUUCCUUUCAUUUUUUAUUCCGGGCUAAGGUUUUUGUUUCCAUUGGCUACCUAGUCUAGCACUAUUUUGUGGUGCUCCGUUGUGCUGAGAAAUUUUGGACGUAUAAGAGCUGAGAGAGAAUCUUCAAUCUUGUGGAAUUUGCAAAACCAAGAUUAGAUAUUUUCAGGAGAUGUGAAUUUCCAAGCAAAGAUGACAUCUUUCAGUGGAUUAGGCAUUGGUUUAAGUUUGGUUUUUGGUUGUCUUCUGUUGGCUCUUGUUGCUGAGCUCUACUAUUUGCUUUGGUGGAAGAAGAGAAUUGCUAGCUCAGAAGUUGAAGAUGAUUACAGCAAUUAUGCAAAGGAGCUUAUUCAUCUCUUCUGCUGGAAGAAAUCUGCUGCUUUGCAUGCAACCACCACCACCACCAACAACCAAGAUUUAGUUAAAGACCAAGAUACAAAUGGUGUUGAGUUGGACCCAGAGCUUGGCUCAGGCAAGGAUUUGCUGCUAAAGGGUUUUGGCGAAGAGGGUGUGGAAUCAGAGCUCAUGAGACUACACAAUCUGGCAGGCCCACCAAGAUUUCUCUUCACAAUCAAGGAGGAAACAAAGGAAGAUUUGGAGUCAGAAGAUGGCAGGUCGAGAUGCGAUAGGAGCAGAAAAGGAUCGAGAACAAGGAGCUUGAGUGACCUUAUACUAACUGUUGACACUCCUUUUAUUAGUCCUUUGGCUUCUCCGCCCUUGAAGUCACCUCCUUUGAACCCCUUAGAUUCUUAUCACCGCCAAGGAUUCAAUCCUCUCUUUGAAUCAUCGACAGAUGCAGAGCUAAAUAAGCUACGAUCUUCACCUCCUCCAAAAUUCAAGUUCUUAAGGGAUGCGGAAGAGAAACUGUUAAGAAGAUUGAUGCUAGAAGCUGAGAAAAGGGUACAGAGAAAUGGCGGUUCUCUUCAAGAUUCUGGAGUCAAAGCUGUUAACAGUACAGCAAGUGUAACAGAAGAGACAGAGGGGUCUUUCCUUAAAUUCAUUGUUGGUAAGAACAGAGAACCUCUCCAAUAUUUGCCACAGUACCCUUCAAGUUCUUCUCAGGUACUGCCAUUGGCUUCUUCUCCUACAGCAUUCAGACCACUAGACAAGAAAGACAGUGUGCAUUAGAUUCCUGUUAGAAGAGUUUCGUUUUUAUUUUAAUUUAUUCUUUUCCUCUACCAAUUAAUUUCUCAAGAUGGUUACCUGUGUAUUAAUUUAAACUGUUUUCAGGAGAAAAAAAAACUUUUUUUUUUGGGGGGGUAAAGGGGGAAUCUUUUUGGGGGAGGGUAAGUCUUGUUUUGGUAAGAUAGCCAUGACCAAACUGCAGCAUUUUGUUAGGCAAUGGCAUCUUGAGUUAAGGCAAACUGACAAACUCUACAGAUUGAUGUUUAGGAUGUUGGUUAGUUCAAAGUGGGGGACCUUGUGGGGUAAUCUGGUUUUUGCCCAUCCUCCAUGACCCCUCUGAGCUCACUUUUAAACUAGCAUUCUUUCAUGUGCUCCCAAUUCUCAUUGUCUGAGGGGCUAAAACUCCUUUUGCUUUUUUUUUCUUUACAUUUCUUUUAGUACUUGUUAUCCUUCUUAGGUUGUAUCUCCAGUUCUGGUACAAGAUACAGAGUGUAUUGUACAUCAGCAAUGAUAGAAGUGAGCAUGAUUAAAGGUUCCAGCCA